UGUCAGCCUGCUGUAAAUACUGCCACAUUCAUUUGUACCUAUGUGUCACCAUUACAGUGUUCAAUUCUUUGAUUAUUCUGCAUCCAUGAGCCUAUUAGUAAAAAGCUAAGACUAUAUUGUUGUAUUUGUCAAAAUUAGCAUUUGGCAGUAGUCACUUGAGUUUUAGUUCAUUGUUCUGAAAUUAUCUAGAUGGUGAAUGCUCAGCAUUUUAGGAUCCUACAGAUGCUGUAUAUGGACAAAGCAGUGUUUGGAUUUCCUCCUCAAGACAUAAAAAUAAAAACAAUUGAAGCUUUUUGUUCCACUGCUAUAUAUUUGCAUAUCACUACUGAAAUGCUAAGUUGUGUUUCAGCCUUAGCUUCUGUAAUGUUAGAGAAUCAUGGUGGUUGUUUGUACUGCGGUGCUGACUUCCUGUCCUCAACAAAUGAAGAUCACCCUCUGAGUAAAACGCACCUUUUCAGAACUCAAGAUUACUGGACAAAGUACUGCAUACAGACUGACAGGCAUCUCUUUUUACUUAACCUAUGCAGGAUGGAGGCUUCUUGCCUGGAGCUGGCUUUGGAAGGUGAGCGCCUGUGUAAAGCAGGAGAUUGCCGAGCUGGUGUGUCUUUCUUUGAAGCAGCUGUUCAGGUUGGAACUGAAGACUUAAAAACACUCAGUGCUAUUUACAGCCAGCUAGGCAAUGCCUAUUUCUACUUGCAUGAAUAUGCAAAGGCCUUGGAAUACCAUCACCAUGAUUUAACACUUGCAAGGACAAUUGGAGAUCUGGUGGGAGAAGCUAAAGCUAGUGGAAAUCUGGGCAACACCUUGAAGGUACUCGGAAACUUUGAAGAAGCUAUUGUUUGUUGUCAGAGACAUCUGGAUAUUUCCAGAGAGCUUAAUGAUAAGGUUGGAGAAGCUAGAGCACUGUAUAAUCUAGGAAACGUUUAUCACUCUAAAGGAAAAAAUGUGGCUUGUGCUGGAACACAUGAUCCAGGGGAGCUUCCAGAGGAUGUGAAAAAUGCUUUGCAAAAAGCUGCAAAUUACUAUGAGGAAAACCUGACAAUAGUCACAGAGCUGGGUGAUAGAGCAGCACAAGGACGUGCCUUUGGAAAUCUGGGAAACACGCAUUACCUUCUGGGCAACUUCAGGAGUGCAGUUUUAGCCCAUGAACAGCGUCUCCUAAUUGCAAAAGAAUUUGGUGAUAGAUCAGCUGAAAGAAGAGCAUACAGCAAUCUUGGAAAUGCCUACAUAUUCCUGGGUGAAUUUGAAACCGCUUCUGAAUACUACAAGAGGACAUUACAGCUGGCUAGGCAGCUUAAAGAUAGAGCUGUGGAAGCACAGGCCUGCUACAGCCUUGGAAACACAUACACUCUGCUUCAAGACUAUGAGAAAGCAAUUGAUUAUCAUUUGAAACACCUUGUGAUUGCUCAGGAAUUAAAUGACAAAAUUGGUGAAGGAAGAGCAUGCUGGAGUUUAGGGAACGCAUAUACUGCUCUGGGCAAUCAUGACCAAGCUAUGCACUUUGCUGAGAGGCACCUGGAGAUCUCCAGAGAGGUAGGAGAUCGAAGUGGGGAACUCACUGCUAGACUUAAUCUCUCAGAUCUUCAAAUGGUUCUUGGAUUAAGCUAUAGCACAAACACCUCCAUGAUGUCAGAAAGCCAUGCAGUAGAUAACAGUCUGAAUGGUACCCGGCCAAGGGUAGGACGUCGUCACAGUAUGGAGAACAUGGAACUUAUGAAAUUAACACCAGAAAAGGUUCAGAACUGGAACAGUGAGAUUCUUGCUAAACAGAAACCACUCAUUGCCAAACCUUCAGCAAAACUGCAUUUUGUAAAUCGACUCAAAGGUAAAAAGUAUAAAAACAGCACCGCUUCCAAAGUUCUGCAGGAUGCCAGUAAUUCUAUUGAUCACCGCCUUCCCAACUCUCAGAGGAGAAACAGUCGAGAAACAGUGGCAGACGAAGGGUUCUUUGAUCUGCUGAGCCGAUUCCAGAGUAACAGGAUGGAUGAUCAGAGAUGCCACUUCCAGGAGAAGAACAGAUUCUCAGCUGCUUCAGUAGCAACGUCCUCUACUCCAACUACAACAAUACAAAAAUCCUUUUCUGCUUCCGUAGUCUCACCCCACACUGAUGACUUUCUGGAUUUACUUGCGAGCUCACAGAGCCGCCGCCUCGAUGACCAACGCGCCAGCUUUAGCAAUCUACCUGGCCUUCGUCUCAACCACCGCACCAGUCCGUCUGUGCUGGGCCACUUAAUGGCCAGUAACAACAGAGAGCUAGAUGAGGACUUCUUUGAUAUAUUAAUCAAAUGCCAGAGUUCCAGACUGGAUGAUCAAAGAUGUGCUCCUCCAUCAUCUGCAAAAGGACCAACUGUACCAGAUGAGGACUUUUUCAGCCUCAUUGUACGAUCCCAAGCUAAGAGAAUGGAUGAACAAAGAGUCCCCUUACCCUCUGCUAUAAAAGGAUCGAGUGCUAGCUGAGGAGAUGCACAGGCUUAUACUGUACAGUAGCAUCUUAAGUUUCAUUUUUGUUUGCUGGAAAAACAUGUGUCUUUUUACAAAGGACUGCAAUUAGUAGUUUUGUCUCCUUUAUAAUCACUUUUUGUACAAUAGUAGCACCACACUUGUGAUUGGUAGUUGGAAUUGUGUCUUUGUAGCGGGCAGCUAAUUCUAGCUGUGUCUGAGAUACAGAUUACUGUAUCUCCCUCUUAAUUGCUUCUAGUUUAUGAACAUGAACAGUAGUUUUUUC